AUGACCACGGUUAUCGAGUCGGACUGUUCAGAUUUCUCUUCCGACGAGUUCGAUGAUGCCUAUGUUUUCGAAGAUGUAGCUGAUGGAAGUGAGUAAUGCUUGAAUAUUCUGGGUUGGGUUAUGUUUUUUAUUAUUCAAAUCUUAUUCUAACACUUGAUGUUAUCCUGAAUAAUUUCAGAUUUUACGAAACGCCUGAACUCGAUGAGGGUGGGCGGCCUCGGGGUAAGUUGUUUUUUGGUUUAUUUAUUUGUUGAUUUAGCCUAACAGUCAAGUCACUUUGGGUUCGCUAAACCUUUCAAGCAAAGGUAUGAGGAGCGGCGAAAACCAAAUUCAGCUCCAUCUAGACUCAAGUGGCGACCGGAAAGGAAAGAGGAGCAAAGAUCGGUCUGAUAGAGCUACUGUUGAGCAGGUUCUUGACCCUCGGACUCGGUUAAUUCUGUUUCGACUGGUACAACGGGGCUUCUUUGACCGGAUCGAGGGAUGUGUGAGCACGGGCAAAGAAGCCAAUGUAUAUCACGCUGUGGAUGGCGAAGGAGGGUCGUUGGCCGUCAAAAUCUACAAAACUAGCAUAUUGACGUUCAAAGAUCGUGAUCGAUACGUAACUGGUGAAUUUAGGUCAGUUUGUUGUAAAUAAGAUUACCAUUAUGCAUGAUUUAUAAAGUUAGUCAGUUUAUAAUUAUUUUAGAAGUUUCGGUAGUAAUUGCGGUUAUUAAAGGUAUCGGAAUGGAUACAGCAGACAUAAUCCACGAAAGAUGGUAGCAACUUGGGCUGAGAAGGAAAUGAGGAAUCUUCAAAGAAUGCAUCAAGCUGGACUACCAGUGCCUAAAUCUAGACUUUUGAAGGUAAGUUGAUAUUUUUUUGAUAUUUUGUGUGCUUAGAGUCAUGUACUGGUUAUGGACUUUGUGGGAAGCAAUGGCUGGCCUGCUCCGCUUCUUAAACACGCUGUUUUCGAUAGAGAACUGGCGAAUAAAUUGUACUUGGACAUGGUCAAGUACGUGAAAAUACUUUACAAUCAAUGCAAACUGGUUCAUGCAGGUAAGACUUUAGUGCUUAUAGAUAUGUUUUAAAAAUUAAUUUUCAGAUCUUAGCGAGUACAACAUCUUAUUUCAUGAUAAUGCCCUUGUUAUAAUUGACGUAUCUCAAUCCGUGGAGCACGACCAUCCACAUUCGUUACAAUUCCUGAGGUCUGACAUUACUAACGUUACACGGUUCUUCAACGAAAAAGGAGCUGCAGUUCUGCCGCCUCGGAGGUUAUUCGAGCUGAUUGUGGAUCCAAAUUGUCAGUCAGAUGAAGAAAUGCAAAAGAUGUUGGACAACGAGCGUGUAGAGAUCCUAACUGACAGUGAAUACUUGUUUUUGAAUGUCUUCAUUCCUCACAAACUGGACAGUAUUGUUAACUUUGAAAGGGAUGACGAGAUGGAGAAGAAGGGAACCGAACUCAACAACCCCUUCCAAAAAAUAAUUGCCAAAACUGUAAUAGUAAAUGAAGAUGAGGAACAUUCAGAAAGUGGAGAAGAUGAAGAAGAGGUGGAGGAAGAAGAUUCGGAUAGUGAGGACAGUGGAGAGAAGGUACCGUUCACUCAAAGGCAUCAGAAGUAUGUCAGAGUGAAAGGAGAGACUACAGAAGACAAGAAGAACAGGAAGAAGGCAGUACAAGAAGAAAAGAAGGAGAAACGAGCAGUUAAGAUACCUAAACACGUAAAGAAGCGGAAACAGAAGUUGCGAGUGCAUCGUUGA